GAAGUAGUUGCGCUGGAAACGGAAACAAAUAAUCUGUACACAGAGUGACGCUCGCUCGUAACUCAACGCAGGAAUAUGUUUAAAAACACUUUCCAGAGCGGGUUCUUGUCAAUCCUCUACAGUAUUGGCAGUAAGCCUUUACAAAUAUGGGACAAAAAGGUAAAGAAUGGCCACAUAAAGAGAGUCACUGACAAUGACAUACACUCAAACGUGUUGGAGGUUGAAGGAGCAAAUGUCAGCACCACCUACAUAACAUGUCCUGCUGAUCCAAAGAAGACGCUUGGUAUCAAACUACCAUUUUUGGUGAUGAUUAUAAAGAACCUCAAAAAGUACUUCACCUUUGAAAUUCAGGUGUUGGAUGAUAAAAAUGUUCGCCGCCGGUUUCGGGCAAGCAACUACCAAAGCACAACUCGAGUAAAGCCAUUUAUCUGCACCAUGCCCAUGAGGCUGGAUGAUGGUUGGAACCAGAUACAGUUUAACCUGUCGGAUUUCACCAGGAGGGCCUAUGGCACCAAUUACACCGAGACACUGCGAGUCCAGAUUCAUGCGAACUGUCGCAUAAGGAGGGUGUACUUCUCAGACAGACUCUACUCUGAGGAUGAGCUCCCAGCAGAGUUUAAACUCUACUUGCCUGUCCAGAGCCAAAAGGCAAAGCAAUAGACCACCACUCGCUGUUCUGUCCCACCAGAGGUUGUUGGGAGUUCAGAAGGAAGAAUUAAAUCUGUAUCGAUGUAAUAUGAAAUUUAAACCUUUUUUCUUCUUGUUGUGUUCACGCUGUAAAUUUUAAUCAUUCUCCUGUCUUGUUUUCACAAUAAAGUUUUUCAUAGA